AUGAGUGCACUCCUAAACUCCCUGAGGAGCUUGGCAGGUGCAUCGAAGGCCAGCUCAGCAGGCGAAAGUGGUGCUCGUUUCGGAGUGACGCCGGGCGGAGGCGAAGGCCCGGGCGAGGGCGGUUACGCGGAGUGGCUGCAUGCGAUGCGCCUGGUCGCGCGCCUCCCCGCCGGCGUACCUCAACAUUUUCGCAGAAAGCUAUGGCUGACGUUGGCGGAGCGUCAUUUGACGGCGAGGGGUAUAGACUGGCCGUCUGCAGAGCGCGCUUGCUUCCGCGGGACCGCACAACCCGAUGACACCGAGCUUGGCGCGCAAAUACUCAAAGAUUUACAUCGCACUGGGUGCUCUCUGUUCUGCGGUGCAGAAGGGCGGGAAAAUCAGGCGAUGCUUCGAAGAGUGCUCUUAGCGUAUGCGAGGUGGAAUAAGGAUGUCGGAUACUGCCAAGGUUUCAAUAUGUUAGCAGCCAUCAUACUAGAAGUCAUGGACAAAUCGGAAUCGGACUCGCUAAAGGUAAUGAUAUACUUGGUGGAGGCUGUGCUUCCUGAGGGGUACUUCGCAGAUGACCUUCGCGGCUUGUCUGCCGACAUGGCGGCAUUCAGGGAUCUCCUACGACUUCGCUUGCCUCGGUUAGCGCAACACAUGGACCAUUUGCAGAGGAUAUCUGAUGGUGGUGGUGUUGAACCGCCUCUACCUGAUGUAUUUACCAUGCAAUGGUUCCUUACAUUGUACGCCACAUGGCUGCCCAGGGAAUUCCUCUUGAGGAUAUGGGAUUUGGUACUCUUGGAUGGCAAUGAAGUGCUACUACUUACCGCGCUGGCGAUAUGGGAUAUGCUUCAAGACCGUAUUCUGUCGGCCCGGUCUGCGGAUGAGUUCUACAGUUGCAUGGGUGGUGGCGCCGGCGCUGUAUGGGAGGCUGGCGACUCUUUAGUGGCGAGGGUCGUGGCUUUCGGCUCUGCACCGGAGCUGCCCCGACUUCGCAGCCUCCAUAGAUAUCGUGUGGCCCCACCAGCACCACCGACUUCAGCUCCCAUAUAUCAUCCACCUUUACAUUCUGCAAUGCAGUCAAUGACAAAACGUGGUCUACGUCUGUUUUAUUCAGAAGAUGAAGGGGACUCUAGUGAUGAUGGCAACAAAAUGGCUUUGGCCACGUUCGUACCUCGACGAGAAGAUCGUUUAGCAGCAGGAGACAGACUGUCUUUGGAUAUCGGUGCAUUGAAACGGCAGUACGCUCGCCUAAGAGAACGACAAAGACAAGCACAUGUGAUACUAGCCGCAGCUUGUGCUCGACACGCUGCAGUGGGUGUACCUACCUCCCCGACGUCACUUACAGUUAAUAACCUUCUUCUGGGCAAGAGUGCAUUAGUUAGCUCCAGAGGAAGAAGACUUGGUCCGCCCCCAGGAGCAAUACCACCAUCACGACAAACGUCGACUCGUGACAAAUCAGAGCCACGCUCACGACAGUCAAGUGACACAAUCAGUUGGAAUGAAGAAAAAAGCCGUAAGACCCUUAGCAGAAGAAAUUCUGUAAAAUGGAAAGAUAUUAAGAAAGAUAAAGUGAAACAAAAAGAAAGGAAAGCUUCCAUUGAUUUAGAUGAAGCUGGUGAUGGAAUUAUUGUUUCUGAAAUUGAAGCUAACCGUAUGAUAGCUACUGUGAGGUCUCGUAGCUCCAGUGAAACAUCUUCUUAUUCGUCACACAGUGCUUCAAGUACAGAUACGAGUUUGUGUGAUGAAAACGAAAGAGGCAGUGAUUCCGAACCAGAUAUCCCGAAUGAUGAAAAAGAUAAAAGUAACUUGAAUGCCAAGUAUAAGAAUAUUUCGUCUCCACCAACUUCUAAACCAAGCAAAAGUAGUCAUUCCCUAACUAAAAAAGAACCUGUUCUAUUACGUACUCCUGACAAGGAAACAACAAUGAUAUUGGAUGACAAACCUAUCAAAAAUAUAUCUGAAUAUUUAGAUUCUGCGGCAGGUGAACCGCUCCGCACUUACAUUGAUGGAUUUGAAAGCAAGAUAAAGGACAGUUUGAAAAUUACUAAUGAUAUCCCUGUUUUCAAUCCAACCAGUAUAUCUCCAUGUUCUCCACGUAUGACCUCUGAAAGAAAUGAAGUAUUACAAAGACUUAAUAGAACAAAAUAUGAAGAAAACUCCACAAGUAGAGAAAUCACAAGGCCUACAAGUUUUUCAAAGUCACCAAAUGUCUUUACCGAACUCAGUCCCAUUGAUUUAUCGCCGUGUAAUUGUAGCGUAGGCCCUAAGUCUCCUUACGAGUAUGAUUUUGAAAAAAACUUCAAAAGACCACCGUUAAGCGAGCCUGAAUCGAGACCACCCGAUAUCAUCGACAGUUUCACGAUGUAUCCAAAUUUUGUGCCUGACAUAGAUUUAUCUGAUAAGAAUAUAUCUGACUUUGAAAGUCCACCAGGAAGUCCCGGCAGUGAAAGUAUCAUAGUGAGUGAAGACGAACCGCCAAUACCUUUAAAAAUUGAUAAAUACUUUGAACAUAGUCCAGAAUUUUUUGGUGCGCGAGUUACGGACCCUAAUAGUGCAGACAUUCCAAAUCGGCGAUCAACAAAAAGGUUAUCACGUCUACCAAAGAAGCCAGACUCAUUAACAUUACAAGGUAACCAUAACGACAAACUCAUAAAAGAAGAAGCAGAAAGAGCAUCAUCUCUACCGCAAAGUCACAGUUUUGCAAAGAAAAUUAGUGAGGAGUAUAAAGAACUAGACUUUAUUGCUGCUCAAAAACGCGAAACUCCAGAAACAAGCAAAGAAGAGAGAGAUAUUUUUUCUCCUAAAGAUUACAUUCUACAAACUGGACGAAAAAAUAGUGAAAGAGCCUUACAAAUAAUUCAAGAAAACUCGAAAAUUCUAAGCAGAAUAUUAACAAAACAAAACAUGGUCGAAGUAAAGAGUCCUACAAAAUAUCAAGUCACAAAAAGUGAUGAAAAUGUUCUCGAGAAACAACGAAAUAGUUAUUCUAAGACAGUUCCUGAAAAAACUGUUGAGAGUAAGCUCAUUGAAUCACCUUUACUAAAAGAAUCUACCUCUGAUUCAUUAAUAGGCUAUAGAAAAAGAAGUGUCAAUGUAGGAUCAACUGAAAAUAACGAUUUUGUGCGGAUUCGACCUAUUUCUAUUGAUGACCCCUUUUCUUUAGAAAUUCGAAACUCGACAACAAGAGAAGAGGAAUUUUCAAUAAAACACACAAAAAGUCCAAGUAGUGAAUGUUUAGGUAAUAAGACCGAUUUAUAUGGGUGGGAAAAUAAAGGGUUUUUAGCAAAAUGUGAUCAUAAAAGUUUUCUAGAGAAAACUGAAAAUUUUGAAUUCGAUUAUCAAAGGAAAACCAGUGAUUUGUCAAGUUACGGUGACUUAUCAAAUAAAGACCUUAAACCUGCAACUACAUCUGACUGGACUCGACAUUCUUUUUCGGGCGAGUCCAAAGCGUCAGUUACUUUGCCGUCUUCGGAACCAAAAGAUACGUCAACAUACGAGAAGCGAUUUACUUCCGAUGACUAUAACUAUCAAUUUUCAAGCAAAUAUAACGACUUUGUGUUGUCUAAAGCUAGUGAUAUUUGUAGCAAAACGGUUAACCAAGGACCGAAAGUUUGCGAAAAUGUAUCUAAGACUGAUAACAGCCAAGUUAGUGACUUUGCUCAUGUUGUGACCUCUUCUAUUAGUUUCACGUAUGAACCAUCAGCAGAGGACGACUCGCCGACUGGAGCCAAGAGUAACUCUAGUGAUACUUUAUGUCAAAUCACUUCGCUAGAUCAAGUAUCUACUCCGAUAUCACCUAAGAUAUUCCCCAACAGAGAAACUCCCACUAUUCCUAAAGACUAUACAGAAAAGAGUGAUAGAACAAAAGUAGAGUCAGACGAUACUUGCAGUGCUAUCACGUCGCUCAUUGAAACAGAUACGUUAUCCUCAUUGUCUUACCCACGCAGUCCUUCAACAGGCUCCUACCACCCCUUCCCCACGCGUCCUGUACUUCGCAUGCCCAAAGAGUUAGGAGUAAGACUGGGCAUGUACCCGAAAGAUGUAAUCAAUUCUCCACCAAAGUAA